UAUACCAUUAGGUCUAUGCUUUUAACCUCUCAUCAUACGGAUAUAAACAACGUAAAAAAUCAUCGUUUUCAACAAAAUGAAAGGAUUUUAUUUCCAGGAAAAGCGUAUAACCAGUAUUGAAGAACUUUAAAUUAAAUAGAGUGUUUACCGAUUUUAUAAUUCAUCAUUUAAAUCCAGCUCUACACCUACCAAAAAUAGAUAUGGGUGAACAUUGUAUUGUUAUUGAAGAUGCUGAUGAAGUGAAGUUAGAAGAAAAACCAGGGAUCAUAGACAUAUGCGAACACUUCAUAGAAGAAGAAGGAGUUUACGAAAGAGAAGAAUUUAUAAUAAAGAACGAAGGAAGUUGCACGAAUUCCUCAGGUGUAGUAGUUGAUGCAAAUCAGUCAACUGCCUUUUUCAACAAAAAAAUCCCUCAAGUAUUUGAUCCCACAACCAUUAAAUCUGAACCGGUUCAGUGUGAAUUUCCUAAAUGUCACUUGACAAUGAAGGAGUUCAUGACAGAGAAGAAUAUAUAA